AGAACUUGGGGUGGUCAACACUUCUUUAAUGGUACCAAUUUCCAGGAAAUAAGCCAUAGAAAAAUUAGAUUGGCGGUGGCAAUGCCGGUGCAUGAGAGGGAGAGAAAGGGAAACACGUGCAAAAGAUGUGACAACAUAACCCCAUGCCAAAAAGUAGCCCACACUGCCCUCACAUGA